GCGGCCCGCCCCUCCCCCUCUGGUGACAGAAAGUCGGCCCAGCAGAUGAGGAAGUGGCAGGCAGGCAGGCUGGCCCCGGGGACUUCUCUCUGGCCCUGCUCCCUCCGAGCGUUCCGCCGUUGCCCGCCUGGCCCCUACGGGUGAGUCUGGACCUUCCACGGACUCUCCACGUGCCGGCGCCCCCUGCCUGGCCAGCCCGGCCCAGCCCGGCCCAGCCCUGCCCUGCCCUGCCCAGGCUGUGGGCGAGGGUGUUCCCGGGGCCAGUGGGUGGGAGGUCCCAGCUCCCUGGGGCCGGGCCUCGCCAGCACCCUCCCUCCCCCACACCCCCGUCUCUGGCCCCCAUUUGCCUACACCCGGGCCUUCCUCCACCACCCCUGCAUUUACCUCUCUCCCUCCUCCUCUCCCCUCCCUCCCCCCGCUACCCUAACUUUGCCAGGCUCCUUUUCCCUUCCAUCCAUCUUAAAGGAAGGAAGGGACGGGCUGAGUUCCCCGACGAGGGACACACCCAGAUUUUCCUGCAGCUUGGGGAGAGGUCCUCCCAGGAGCCUUGGUCUCUCCUGGCCUGCCGGGUGUGUGGGUUGAUAUUGGGGGCUGGUGGCUGAGAGAUAACAGGCUGGCUGGCUCCCAUGUGUCAGGGAGGAACCUGUGUUGGCGCCCUCGCCCCGGCCUGGGCCCUGCCGGCGAUGGGCGGCCAGCAAGCCCGAUGGUGGGGGAGCAAGUAAGGAGGGGAUCCGAGCGUGGCCAGGCAGCGCGCACACGUGUGUGAGUGGCCCCGCGGGUGAGCCCGUGCGUUUGCCUGGGCGGUGGCCGAGCUGCGUGAGGGCCGGGAGCCAUGCGUGUCAGCCCACGGAGGUGUUGCGUGGUGUGUCAGGCAGGAGACAUGUGUGCCAGCCCUCGGCGUGGCACCUUCGCUGUUGGGGGUGGAGAGCUAGGUGAGAGGUGGGUGUGGACCGCAGGCUUGGGGCCUGACCACGGUGGGCCUAAAGAAGCCGGGCCUCCUGGAGGUGAGGGGUGUGCGGGGCAGGGAGGUGUCAGAGGUGCGCCUCUUCACUUGGCAUCUGCAGAGGUGCUUCUCUGGAAGCAGGGAGUCUGGGGCACCUGCUGCCCUGGGCCCUGCUCUGUUCCAAGAAUGCCUUGUCCCUCAGGGACUGUCAGUACCAUGCUCUCGUGGGUCUGGCCAGAGGCUUUUGUGUCCCUGGGAGCCUUCCCCCGACAUUCCUUCAGGCCCUGAGGGGGAGGGGGCCUAGCCCAACGGGGCCCCUCCCUGAGGGAGGGGAAGAUUCCUGCGACCUCCCCCACUCCCCAACCCCUUCACAUGCCACUGGCUUCCCUGCCCUUCCCAGGAAGGGAAGAGUGAUUGUACCCAUUCUGAAGUAGGACAAACUGAGCAGUUAUGGCCGGCUUAGGAGAGGAUGCUGGGUGUGGAUUUUCAGCAGUGCUUUGGGCCAGGGCUGGGGCUGGGGCUGGGGUCAGAGGAGGUUUCUGGCUCAGAAUCUAGGACCUUAGCUCAUCAGGCUGGUCCCACGUGGGUGGGUGGGUGGCGAGUCUGGGGCUUUACUUGGCUUUCCCAAUCCUGGUGGGUCCUGCUCCCCCAGGCACUGACCUGUGGCCCGGACCCACCCUCCACCCCCUGCACAGUACAGCAGGGGCGGGCAGAGGGCGGGGCUGCUGCCAGAUCUAGUCAGACAGGUGGAGCCGCCGGGGCAGGAGUCUCAAAGAGACAGGCUCCAGGAGAGGAAGGGCUCUGCGAGAGGAGAGAGGAGAGCGCUGGAGAGGAGAGGCUGGAGAGUCCUUAGCCAGGAUGGAGGCUGUUGUGAACUUGUACCAAGAGGUGAUGAAGCACGCAGAUCCCCGGAUCCAGGGCUACCCUCUGAUGGGGUCCCCCUUGCUAAUGACCUCCAUUCUCCUGACCUACGUGUACUUCGUUCUCUCACUUGGGCCUCGCAUCAUGGCUAAUCGGAAGCCCUUCCAGCUCCGUGGCUUCAUGAUUGUCUACAACUUCUCACUGGUGGCACUCUCCCUCUACAUUGUCUAUGAGUUCCUGAUGUCGGGCUGGCUGAGCACCUAUACCUGGCGCUGUGACCCUGUGGACUAUUCCAACAGCCCUGAGGCACUUAGGAUGGUUCGGGUGGCCUGGCUCUUCCUCUUCUCCAAGUUCAUUGAGCUGAUGGACACAGUGAUCUUUAUUCUCCGAAAGAAAGACGGGCAGGUGACCUUCCUACAUGUCUUCCAUCACUCUGUGCUUCCCUGGAGCUGGUGGUGGGGGGUAAAGAUUGCCCCGGGAGGAAUGGGCUCUUUCCAUGCCAUGAUAAACUCUUCUGUGCAUGUCAUAAUGUACCUGUACUACGGAUUAUCUGCCUUUGGCCCUGUGGCACAACCCUACCUUUGGUGGAAAAAGCACAUGACAGCCAUUCAGCUGAUCCAGUUUGUCCUGGUCUCACUGCACAUCUCCCAGUACUACUUUAUGUCCAGCUGUAACUACCAGUACCCAGUCAUUAUUCACCUCAUCUGGAUGUAUGGCACCAUCUUCUUCGUGCUGUUCUCCAACUUCUGGUAUCACUCUUAUACCAAGGGCAAGCGGCUGCCCCGUGCACUUCAGCAAAAUGGAGCUCCAGGUAUUGCCAAGGUCAAGGCCAACUGAGAAGCAUGGCCUAGAUAGGCGCCCACCUAAGUGCCUCAGGACUGCACCUUAGGGCAGUGUCCUUCAGUGCCCUCUCCACCUACACCUGUGACCAAGGCUUAUGUGGUCAGGACUGAGCAGGGGACUGGCCCUCCCCUCCCCACAGCUGCUCUACAGGGACCACGGCUUUGGUUCCUCACCCACUUCCCCCGGGCAGCUCCAGGGAUGUGGCCUCUUUGCUGUCUGCCACUCCAGAGCUGGGGGCUAAAAGGGCUGUACAGUUAUUUCCCCCUCCCUGCCUUAAACUUGGGAGAGGAGCACUCAGGGCUGGCCCCACAAAGGGUCUCGUGGCCUUUUUCCUCACACAGAAGAGGUCAGCAAUAAUGUCACUGUGGACCCAGUCUCACUCCUCCACCCCACACACUGAAGCAGUAGCUUCUGGGCCAAAGGUCAGGGUGGGUGGGGGCCUGGGAAUACAGCCUGUGGAGGCUGCUUACUCACUUGUGUCUUAAUUAAAAGUGACAGAGGAAACCA